UGUACCAAAAGAAGAUACAGAAAAGAAGAAAGAAGUAAAAAACUCGAAAAGCAUUCCAAGUGUUUGUUUGAAAAGAAAAAAAUCGUGUCUAAUUUCGAAGUGCGUUUUGUGGGUUUUCAAUGGCGUCGUCGAAGCAAAUGAAAGAUGAGACAGCUGCCAAGGCAGCAGCGAGGCUCGCUGCCGAUGAACCGGCGGAAGAGACUGUCGUGGUGGAGACUACUUAUGUGACUGAUGACCAAGGGAGGCCAAUAGAGUUUGCACAGCGCGAGGAGAAGCCCGGUGUUUUCGGGUCAAUGAUGAAGGCAGUGACGGGGACUUUAGAGCAUGCCAAGGAAGCUGUGGUGGGGAAACCCCACGAAGAAAGUCAGGUUCAAGAGAAGGGCAAGGAGUAUAAAGACUAUACCACCCAGAAGGCGAAAGAGACCACUGAUGCAGCCGGGAAGAAGAUAAACGAGUAUACUGAAACUGCUGAGGAGAAGGCGAAGCAGGCCGCGGAGAAGGCAAAGGAGACGAAGGAAGCGGCUCAGGGGAAGGUGGGUGAGUAUGCGGAUUACACAGCUGAAAAGGCGAAGGAAACUAAGGACACCGCUGCUCAGAAGGCGAACGAGGCUGCUCAAAAAGCGAAGGAGACAAAGGACAGCGCGGCUCAGAAGGCAAAGGAGGCGAAGGAUGCAACAAUGGGGAAAGCGGGCGAGUAUACAAACUAUGCAGCUGGGAAGGCGAAGGAGGCGAAGGACACAACUGUGAACAAAGCCGGCGAGAACACCAACUACGCCACCGAGAAGGCGAAGGAGGCGAAGGACACAACGACGAACAAAGCCGGCGAGUACACCAACUACGCCGCCGAGAAGGCGAAGGAGGCCAAGGACACUACGGUCAACAAGGCUGGUGAAUAUACCAACUAUGCGGCUGAGAAGGCCAAGGAGGCUAAGGAUGCGACGGUCGAGACAGCAAAGGAAACCAAGGACUACACGGCUGAGAAGGCUAAUGAAGGGAAGGAUACUACCGUGAGCAAGUUGGGUCAGCUCAAGGAUACCGCUGCCGGUGCCGCUCAAAAGGCCAUGGAGUACUUGUCCGGCAAGAAAGAGGAGACCAAACAGAAGGCUGCCGAGACUGCUGAGAAAACAAAAGACACGACUUCUGAGACUGCAGAGAAAGCGAAGGAGAAACUGAGUGAGACUGAGGAGGAAGCGAGGAGAAAGAUGGAGGAGUUGAAGUUGCAAGGAAAAGAGUACAAGGAUGAAGAUGCUGACAGGGCACGCGAGGCACGUGACAUCGAGGCCGAGAAAGGGCAGGCAGCGAAGGAAAACAUAUUCAGCUCGAUUGGGAGCAUUCCUGGUGCCAUCAAAACCAAGUUGAUUCAUCCUACGGAUGUGGUGGAGGAGUCACGUGCCGCACGUGAGAAAGGGAGUACGGGGAGAAGGACCGUUCCUGUUGUGGAGGGGGUGGAGGUUGAUGUGGCGGAGACGAGGCCUGGUGCUGUUGCAAGCAAGCUGUACGAGUCGGACCAGAAGCAUAGUCAAAACUUCAACGACGUGGGUCGUUUGGAUGGGGAGGGUAAAGCGCGAGUGGAGACCCGCAUUGAUGACGAGGGCAAACGCGUGGAGCGCCUCGACAAAAUGUGAUCGCGUCCAACGUGUGUAGCGUGGACCUGACUCCACCUUUGUAAUGUUGUCGAACUUUUGUUUUUAUGUCGUUUUUUGGGUAUGUUGCGGUUUGGCUUACAUAAAUUGGCUUUGCCAUCUUUAUCGUGUAUAACAGGGUUUGGUUAUGACCUGCA